AUGUGGCAUGGGCUGCUGCAAGCUGUGGAGCGCCGAUGGCGACGGGACAGCGAUGCUCGGAACUCUCAGCUCAAGUUAUUGGGUGGUGCCGGCGUGGUGCUCGGCGCAGUGCUGCUGAUAGCACGACGCCUUGCGGGGAAGUCCCAGCCUGCCCCAGUGCACAUUGCACUGUCUGCUGCGCUUCAGCUCUUGAGACAAAGGAAAGUCCAGGAGCUGCUCUACAGCGAGGGCGGCCUCCUGACGCUGCAGAUGAAGAAUAGCCAGGCGGGCUCUCGAUUUCUGUCGCAGCUCGUGCCCGGCAGCGAGGCGAAGGUUUUCGAUGUGGCCGAUGAGGCCGAUGCUAAGCCCAUGUUGCUCAAAGUUGUGGAGGAUGCUGAAGGUGACCGGCUCCUUCUCCUUGUGCGGCUGCUCUAG